AUGGCAUCACUUCUCAAAGUUCCAUUUAUUCUCUCGUCUGCUAUCAUGCAACAGAUAGCGUUUACACCUCCAAACAUCCCCUCGAGUAAAGAGACUAUUCCCCAAACGUUCAAUGAGCGGGUGUUCACUCGGCUUAUUAUAUAUGGGUUUCCGAUUAUGAAAGUGAUUUACUGGAUUGUUUCUGUCGCAGAGGUCGCUAUCAUUGCCUCUCAGACAGCAGACUCUUUGUCCGUUAUACAAGCCAUCGCACAACACGCGGCCGGUCACGGGAUUCGUGACACGCCCAUCACUUUCCCUUUCAUCUUGGGCACCACACUUGCUGUCGCAGGGGGUCUUGUCCGUUGGUGGUGUUAUCGGAGCCCCUUCAGUGACAAAUUCCGUAUUAUACGGGCCACCUGA